UCCGGGGGGAGCGGAUAUAGUGAAUGCAGGGUCCGGGGGGAGCGGAUAUAGUGAAUGCAGGGUCCGGGGGGACCGGAUAUAGUGAAUGCAGGGUCCGGGGGGGAGCGGAUAUAGUGAAUGCAGGGUCCGGGGAGACCGGAUAUAGUGAAUGCAGGGUCCGGGGAGACCAGAUAUAGUGAAUGCAGGGUCCGGGGAGACCAGAUAUAGUGAAUGCAGGGUCCGGGGAGACCAGAUAUAGUGAAUGCAGGAGAUAGUGAAUGCAGGGUCCGGGGAGACCAGAUAUAGGAGACCAGAUAUAGUGAAUGCAGGGUCCGGGGAG